GAAGAGGGCGGUUUGAUCAGAUCAUCUGCGUUGUAGCCGAUGAGGGCCAAGAGAGGGGUGAUCUUGGGGGAUGCUUGGGGAGCACGCCAUUUUAUUAGGACUGCCGAGAGACCGUUGGAUACGAGGACAAAACUUUGUGACGCGGGGGCUUUUUCUUGGGUGGGGACGCGGAGGUGAGCGAGGGACGGUUGAUGGAUGAGGUGGGCUGCCGGUGUGGGUUAGAGCUGAAAAGUGCUGUCGGUGAGUUGGGUACGGCCUGAUGACACCAUGGAUUGAGCUUUGGUACGAUUGAAACUUCGUGUGAGUGUCCGAGGCAGUUACGAAUUCUCGGUUCUUGAUUUCCUUUAGCCCAACAGCGUAGCCAAUAUCUUGCUAUCAUUCUAUCAGCAAAGUUCUGUCAGCCUUCAAAAUGACAGCGCCUGAGAUCCAAGACAAGACAGUACUGGCGAAACUCUGUUUACCGCAUCCAUACCUCACAACCUACCACAUCGCAGCAACCGAAAAGCAUGACGGCGACAUCCAGUUGCUCCAGGUCCGCAAAGGCUCGCCUAAGAUCGGUCUCAACAAAGACGAGACCGACCCACCGCUCCAAUUGCACAACUCAGACCUCUACUUCACGCCACUUCAACCCACACCAGGUACUGAUGCGAUUUUAUCUUCCAACAACUCUGCAUGGGCUCGCGCCCGUCGCUCGCUUUCCACAAACCUAACCUGGAGCUCCACCGACGCCCCAACACCCGCCCAAUUCUGGCUCCUCUCCUACGCCAUAUUCGUCCUUCGCCCCGAGCUCGAAACCGUCCGCAUCUCCCUCAACGGCCCUUCUAGCACCACUCUCAGCAGCGCCCUCAUCUCCACUUCUCUCGCCAUUGCCCACCCAGAGCAAGAUCCUCUCCGUAACGAGCCACCAGUACCAAAAACGGAUGAGCUCUUACUUCUGCGAGCUACUUUCUGGCAAGGCGCCGGUGCCCCCUUUGGCGCUGGAUCCGCCUGGCUACCAUCCUCUGAUGGUUCGAAACAGAGAUUCACCGCCAACGAAGCCGCUCUAACCUAUACCCUCACCACCCUCUUCCCGUCUACGAGAGUGCACACGCUUCAUCCCCGCCGCCCGGCCAAACCCACUCCAGGAAGCGUGAUCUAUAGCCGGUAUAUCCCGCACCUAGACGAGAACUUCAGCAUGGUUGCGCUAGACUACAAAAGCGUGGAGCAUGUGAACCUCUUCCAUACAUGGCAGAACGAUCCGCGGGUUGCAGCGGGGUGGAAUGAGGAGGGAACGGUGGAGCAGCAUACGGAGUAUCUUAGGAAGAUGGAUGAGGAUGCGCAUCAAGUGGCUGUGUUGGCAAGGUUUCAGGAUAGUUACUUUGCAUAUUUUGAGAUUUAUUGGGCGAAGGAGGACCACCUGGGCGCCCACUACACCCCUCACGACUUCGACCGGGGACGGCAUUCGCUCGUGGGUAACGCAAACUUCCGCGGUCGUCACCGUGCGACGGCUUGGUGGGCUAGUCUCAUCCAUUACAUCUUCCUCGACGACCCGCGCACUAUGGCCGUCGUUGGUGAGCCGAAGCUGGAGAAUGCGAGCGUUUUGGCGUAUGAUCUUAUGACCGGAUUUAGCAUUGAGAAGUUUGUGGAUUUGCCGCAUAAGCGAAGCGCGUUUAUGAGGUGUGGGCGGGAGAGGUUUUUCCAGCUUUGUCCGCUGGACAGUCAGGGAGGAUGGGUUGGGGGGACGGGGAUUAGGUUACCUGCGAAGCUAUGAGUGGUGUUUGUGAUUUAUGAUUUUGGUGGGGAGAGAAAACACAUGUGUUUGAGAAUAGUCUCAAAAACUUGAAAUAUUCCCAUGUAACAGUCUACUCGAUCUAGUAUCGAGGCAGCCGGUACAACCAAGAGACUCCUUUUGCACUCUUUGCAGCAUCGCUACUACGUAAAAUCGACAGAUGAGGCUGGGAACUCCUCAUAGCCUCGCCUGAUCCUCAAUCCGAACUGCUUCCUUACUCUUCACUGUUUUGACCUCACUCUGCUUCCCCUUAACCACCCUUUCGUCUCCAAACAUACUCGCAACAACCCUCCUCGACCUCUCGCACAAAAUCCGGAAGAGCGCAUCAUCAACAUCAUCUUCCCCCUUUCCUCCCAGCAUGCCCAAUACCCAAACCCCGCAGCCUUCUUGCAAUACCCCUCGGCGAAAGUUU